UAUCCGAAUGGCGGAUAUAUUGACUCAAACUCCUCCAUCUAAUCCUAUUAUUUCAAAAAAAUAAAAAGAAAAAUUCUUUAGGGCAACCAUACACGGUUGAUGGACUGUAGUCUUUCCCUUCACAAAAUCCCCAAUACGCUGCCGUUUUUACCUUUCGUGGUAAAAUCUAAAGCCCCCCAUUCUUUCCCUCCUAAUAUUUUCACCGGUCGGAGGUUCCUCCGACAAAGCCACGUUGUUGUGACGGCGGGGCCAAGUCACUGCGAGUUCAGUAGUAGCCCAUUGAACACGCCGAUCGAGCUGAACUCGGCGGCCGGCAAGUUUUUAAGCAGCGUGUUGCAGAACCAACGGCAGUUCUUCAGUGUGGCGGUGUCUGAUGAGUUGAAACAGUUGGCUGAUGAUCGUGACGCGGCCGUUAAUCGGAUGUUCCUUAGCAUUGGCUCCGAUGAAGCUUCACUUCAUAGAAGGAUUGCCCAGUUGAAAGAACACGAGUGUCAAACUGCUGUUGAAGAUGUUAUGUACAUGCUAAUAUUUUACAAGUUCUGUGAGAUCAGAGUUCCAUUGGUACCGAAGCUCUCCAGAUGCAUCUACAAUGGUAGACUAGAAAUUUGGCCUUCAAAGGUUUGGGAGCUAGAGUCCAUUCAUAGCUUGGAGGUCUUGGAGAUGAUAAGGGAACAUAUCUCUACUGUUAUUGGCUUGAGAGCUAAUUCCAGUGUUACAGACUAUUGGGCAACAACUCAGAUACAACGGCUUGUCCUUGGCCGUGUUUAUACUGCUUCAAUCUUAUAUGGUUACUUCCUUAAGUCAGCUUCAUUAAGGCACCACUUGGAAUGUAGUCUGGCAUUAGCACAUCAAGAUCUUCAUGUUAGUAAUAGGAACUCCCUGCAAUUCCCAGAAAUGUGGCCAUAUGUAAUGAAAAAUCUUAUUUUUGGCUGUGUUAACAACAUACAAUCUGUUUCUUUGGGUCAAGGUUCAACUAAACUGGAAUCAAAGCGAGAAAACUUGAAGUGUUAUGUCAUGGGUUUUGACCCAGAAACAUUGCAGAGAUGUGCAAAAGUGAAAUCUAAGGAAGCUGUAAAUUUAAUCGAGAAGCACAGCUUUGCACUCUUUAUGGAUGGAAAGAAGGGUUUGCUUGAGACAGAUGAGUUGAUUUUGACUUCUUUUUCAAGUCUGAAGAGGUUAGUUUUGGAGGCAAUUGCCUUCGGUUCAUUUCUUUGGGACACGGAAGAAUAUGUGAACUCUGUGUAUAAGCUACAGGAAAACUGAUCAUAGAGAUACAGAAGUAUAACUGAAGGUUGACGGGGUUCUGUUUUUUGUAGAUAGGAGUUGGAAUCUGUUCUUGGGUUGUUUGUGAGUACCCAGUGGUCUCCAGUUUCCGGUUGUAUAGUGUAUAAAUAGUAUUAUAUACACAAAUAAUGAUGUGUUAUCAUAUGAUUGGAUAAUUAAAAAUUAAAGAUAAAAUAAUACCUAAUCAUAUGGUGAUACAUCGUUGUUUGUUUAUAAAAUUAUGCAUAUAGUUUUAUUGAUAGUGUGUAAUGUUUAAUAAAUAAUAACAGUUGUAAAAUCUGUUUCCACUGUUAUUUGUUUGUAAAAUUAGUGUCAUCAAUUAUUGCAUCUAUAUAUUUGAUGCCAAGUGCAAUUUUGGGGA